GUUUUCGCCUAUCGAACCAUCGAAUUCAAACAUUCACAGCCGAAACUUUUCAUAGACAUACAGGAGAUGAUUCUUCGGAACCGAGGCCAAUCACAGCUUAUCUCGUACAAUAAUGAUUUCUGAAUCACCACAUCAAGAAAUUCACGGUGAGUUUUCGAGGUCCUUUCAUUAAACAUCAGGCAUUGGGGCGAACCGGAGGCAGCGAGGCUGCAGACUGGUACAACAGUCAGGCGAUCGAUCAUCACCGAGCGGUGCUGGAGGUCUUGACCUCUGUCUGCUGUCGCCUACUAGGCUACGAGACUUCAACUCGUUGCACACCCUUUCAUCGGACUUGCAGAGCAGACAGCCUACCUUCAACAAAAAUGGCUACGCCCACAGUUUCGUCCUUCAUUAGCUCUGUGAUCCUGCAGCCCAUCAUCGUGGCGAUCAGCAGUGGUGUGCUUUCAUCCCUCCUAUCCUACGAGAUCGCUGGACAGUUCGACUGGAGGCCGAUCGCUAUAUGCGCGACAUGUGAUGUUCUUACUAUCGGGAUGGACCACAUGAAGGAUCAAGAAGCUGAAAUCGGUACUCCGGGUGCGGCUGUCGUAAAGCGCCUUACCCCCCUCGCCCGUAUCUUCAUGGCGUUCAAUGCGUCAUUGCUUGCCGUAGCCUUGUGUCAAAGUCCACCAAAAGUGACUCUCGUCACCGCAUUUUUUACCGUCCCCGCCUUUCUGUGGACGACGCCGAUCGAGCUUUGGCGGAUCAGUGCAGUCUUGAAGAAAUUCAUAGGGGCAAAUCACGAUCAAGAACUGAAAACUGAUUCACCCCAAACUAACGAACCACUCAUAAUCAAACGAAUUCCUGGCGUGAAGGCUCUAUUUAGCGGUAUCAUUCGAGGUUGUGGGGUAUUCUGCGUUGUUUACUCGACACUGCAGGUAUCAUCGCAAUCGGCUUAUAACCCACCUCCAUGGACGAUCUUUGAGACUGUCAUUUGGUCGACGGUUAAUCGCACUUGUCAUUGUAUCCUGGCAGACGUGCGCGACUACGACGAGGACAAGAAGACUGCAGUCCCAACAAUACCCGUUCUUCUAGAUUCCCCGCUCAAGACUCGGAUACUCUUAACUGUCGUUCAAGCAGUCGUCAUGAUGGCCUUCCUCCACAAUCCAUUCAUUGUGGCGAGUUCCUCGUUCGCAAUUGCUCUUGUUUGGAUUCUAGGGAAAGAUUCUCCGAAAGUUUAUUUCCGUUUCAGUCUUCACUCACAAACGAUAUUCAUUGUUCUGUACGCUGUUAUGCUCGCUUUCGACAUUAUCUAGAUCACUAUUGUGCGUCUCAGGGUUAAACGUUCUUGGAAUAUAUAGGUAGCCUUCACUGACUGCCGAUACUCGCGCGCUGUUUUGAAUUACCGCACAAACCCCAUGCAUAUGUCUCGUACUUAGGAUACAAAUAUCCUUUCAGAUGUCUCUCUCGUAGUGUAUAAUUUUAUACUCUUCCCUUUGAUCAACGGUGUACCUUUUCUUGCUAUCUCUGUAGUCAUGCCGACAUUUUGUUUAGAAAGCAAUGUCUGGAAUUUUUCAUAUGCACGCGACUAAAAGAAAAUCGUACUUAAUUAUUUCAUCCA